AUGAGGGUGAAAAAGCCAAAGUCAAAAAGAACAACCACUCGUAUGAGAGAAGGUAUCAAGAAGAAAGCGGCAGCUCAACUGAGAAAAAAUAAGAAACUAUCAAAAAAAGAUCCUACCUGGAGAUCGAAAAAUAAAGAUCCUGGUAUUCCUUCCAGUUUCCCAUAUAAAGAUAAGAUUAUCAGCGAUCUCGAAGAAUCUCGGCGAGUAGAGAAAGAGAAGAAAGAAAUUUUGAAGAGAGAGAGGCAAUUAGAAAGAGAGGCAGCCAUCUCAAAAGAUGGUGUGCAAGAUAUUAUGAUGGAAGAAGAUGACGAUGAAGAAGAUAAUAGCGCAGGUGAUCUUAAUGCUUUGAUGGAGUCUGCUCAAAAAGCUGCUCAAGACUACAAUGGUGAAUUUAGCCAUGAUGAAGAAGCUAUUGAGGAUGACGAUAUAGAAUACGAAAUUAGCGAGUCCGAGGAUGAAAAUUCUAAGACUGAUGUAGAGAAGUCUCGAAAGACAUAUGAUAAGAUUUUCAAGGCUGUUGUUGAAGCAUCAGAUGUGAUAUUAUAUGUGUUAGAUGCCAGAGACCCUGUUUCGACGAGAUCUAGGAAAGUAGAACAAGCUGUUUUACUGAAACCCGGUAAAAGGUUAAUUUUAAUCCUAAAUAAAGUUGAUUUAGUUCCGCCAAACGUCCUAAGCCAGUGGCUCAAUUACUUAAAAGCAUCGUUUCCCACUAUUCCCGUCAGGGCUGCUCAGGGAUCUGUUAAUUCAAACUCAUUUAACAAAGGUUUGACGUCAUCAGUGACCGCUAAAUCUUUAUUGCAAGCUUUGAAAAGCUACGAGUCAAAGAAGAAUUUAAAAAGGUCAAUUAUCGUUGGUGUUAUAGGAUAUCCUAAUGUUGGAAAAUCUUCAAUAAUCAAUGCUUUAACUAAUAGACAUUCACACCACAGCAAUGCAUGUCCUGUUGGAAAUCAAGCAGGUGUUACUACUUCAUUGAGGGAAGUUAAAAUCGAUGGUAAGCUCAAAAUUUUGGAUUCUCCAGGAAUAGUUUUUCCAGAAGAACUCGAUGGCCAGAAGAAAUCUGUAUCGCAUCAAAGAGCUAAACUAGCUUUAUUGUCAGCUUUACCUCCAAAGGAAAUCAAGGAUCCUAUUUCAGCUGUCUCAUUGCUCUUGAAGAAGUUUUCAAAGAAUGAGGAUAUGUCAAAUGGGCUCAAGAAAUAUUACAACUUACCCCCUCUUCUCUCAAUGGACCUUUCCGAAUUUACAAAGCAAUUUUUAAUCCACAUUGCAAGAACUAAAGGCAGGUUGGGAAAAGGUGGCGUACCGAAUUUGGAUUCAGCUGCAAUGUCAGUGUUAAAUGAUUGGAGAGAUGGAAGGAUUGUUGGGUGGACCUUACCUAAGGCAUCCAAAGAGGCUGUCUCUGCUGAAAUUAAUCACUCUAAGUCAUCCUUAAGAGGAGACAAAGAACCUCCAAAAGUUGAGCAAACAACAAUUGUCAGCUCGUGGGCCGAUGAAUUUGAUCUAGAUGGCUUGUUAGGAGACAAUUUUGGCUUAGAUACUUCUAAAUAA